AUGCCUUCUACUGAUCCCACUGCCAACGCCUCCCGCCGAGAACCUAUCAAGUCUUCUGGUUCUCUCAACCAGUUCAAGUCGUUUACGGUGACUCCCAAGAUUGGCACCGAGUUCCCUGAGCUGCAGUUGACCUCGAUUCUGGAAGACGAUACUUUGAUCCGAGACCUGGCUGUCGAGGUGUCUCGAAGAGGAGUUGUCUUCUUUCGAAACCAAGAUAUCACUGACGACCAGCAGCAGUUUUUGGGUCAGCGGUUUGGCGAGCUGACCGGUAAGCCUGCCGAGUCCACUCUCCAUGUCCAUCCUGCCAAGGAUCUCUCCAGACCCGCCGGCAAGGAGAUUCUAGAGAUUCUUCCCGAGGGAAAGUCUGCCAAAGAACUGGUCACCAGAUUUGAUGCAGAGGACGCAGUUGUUCCCACAGUUCGAGCUUCCCGUGGCUGGCACACGGACAUUACAUUUGAGCCUGUUCCGUCCGACUACGCCAUUCUCAAGCUUCUGACCAUCCCCGAGAACGGAGGAGGAGACACUCUGUGGGCCAGUGGGUACGAGGCGUACGAGCAGCUGUCUCCUCACUACAAGGAGCUUCUGGAGAAACUAACAGCUCUUCACUCGGGUCAAUUCUUCCACCAGGUGGUCAACAAGCGAGGAGAUGAAGUCUACGACCAGCCUAGAGGCAACCCAGCCAAUGUAGGCAACAAGCUCUUCACCACCCACCCUGUGAUUCGAACCAACCCCGUCACCGGCUGGAAGUCCCUGUUUGUCAAUCCCGGCUUCACCAAGAAGAUAAUUGGACUCACUCCCGAUGAGAGCGCCUCCCUGCUUGACUUGUUGUUCCGAAACCUGAGCCAGGGCCAUGAUGCUCAUGUGCGAUUCAAGUGGAACGAGAACGACGUGGCUAUCUGGGACAACCGGUCGACUUUCCACUCGGCCACUUUUGAUUUCGAUACCGGCGACCGGCUGGGCCACCGAGUCUUGUCUAUCGGAGAAAAGCCGUACUUGGAUGUCAACAGUACGGGCUACAAGGAGGCUCUGGAGGCUGAAAAGCUGGAGGAGACCAAGCAAAAGCUGGAGAAUCUGAGCGCGACAGAGAAGAAGGAAAAGGUCGACGAGUUGCCUGUCCAGCCUCCAAAGGUGGCUGUUUAA